AUGACACCUUGGUCCAUUGGUUGCAAGAUAGACGUCGUAUUUGGUGGCAGAAAGACAAGCUGCACGUUGGUCAAAUUGGACAACAGUUCUCCGGAAUCUCGCACCGAGAACAAACGCGCGCUGAGCUCUCCACAGGAAGAACCAGGCGCUGAUACUUGCAAGUGGACCAACGCUUGGGGCCCCGGUUCAAGAGGAAUCAUGAAGACGCAGUUACUUCUUGUUAUCGUGGCGCUGUCUGUGUCCUUUGGGCUGGCCGAGACAAAUGAGUGUGCAGGCAGAGGCGGUGUCUGCAGAGCCGGCGAUAAGGAAGGCUGCGUGAGACUGAAAGGGACGUGUGGGAAUGGCCGAGUCUGCUGCCAGAAAGACAGUAGUUUGCUGAAGAGAAAAUGUCGACAGAAAAGAAGCUGCACCAAGCAAGGGGGCGAAUGUAUAGCAAUGGAUGAUUCUUGUUUAAAGAUCACCAGCGAUGACCUCUGCAAGGGUGCAAGUUGCAAAUGCUGUUUGGGGAAUAAUCCUUCUUGCGCCGUCACUCCGGGGUGUCAACUCCGGGGAGGAUUCUGCUUCAAGAAUUCUGGAAAGGAUUUGUGCGCAGAUGGGACCGUCAUCAGCGACGAGUGUGAGGGGGCAGACUGCGCCUGUUGUAUUCCUAAGACAGGUUCGUGCGAGUGUGGUGUGGCAAAUGACGCCCGUAUCAUAGGAGGUGAAGAGAUAUCUCCUCCGAACAAAUAUCCUUGGCUAGUUGGUAUGCUUCAUCCUAAAAGACUCGGUAAUAUAUUUUUCUGUGGCGGAUCUAUCAUUAACAAGAAAUAUGUUUUAACUGCCGCGCACUGUCUACUAGGUGAGGAUAGGCUACCUUUACCAGCAAAAGAAUUUCAAGUGGGAAUUGCCAACCACAAUUACAAUUCUGAGGAUGACGACAUACAGGGUGUCACUCGGGCAGUGGAUGUGGAAAGUUACAUCAUCCAUGAAGAUUACGUUCCUCAAGAUCUUACUGAUAAUAACAACGACAUCGCUCUCCUGCGUUUGAAAGAAUCGCUGGACUUGACAUCCCAAGUUCGACCAGUGUGUCUGCCUUCUAACCCGAACAGGAAGUAUGAGGGAGAGACUGGGACCGUGAUAGGCUGGGGAGACACAAAGAACGGGAAAGGGGCCUAUUCAGACGCUGCCAGGGAGGUCGAUGUACCCAUCAGGGACUGUAAACGUAAGAAAAUAGCUGGUUCUCUAAUCACCCCACAAAUGAUGUGCGCAGGGAGGAAGAAGUCAAAGAACAAAGGCGCAAAGGGUGCCUGUUCCGGCGACUCUGGCGGUCCCCUUUUCGUCAGAGAAGAUGGGAAAUACACCCAGGCGGGAAUUGUCUCUUUUGGGAGCAGUUGUCUUAAAACCGGUGUGUAUGUUCGAGUCACCGAGUUCCUCACGUGGAUCAGCGAUAACACUGCUGAUGAGACUUACUGUCAGUAGUAUUACAGGGUAUGUGAAAGCAGAUCCAUACAUAACGAUACCUGUUUAGCUUUUGCCUUCGAAGAACUGCAUACCAUUUCACACAUGUAAUAACGACAGUGUUUGUAAUCACAUCUUGCUUUUAUGUUUUCCAAGGACUCUUUCCUUUGUAUGGAACGCACGUGUUGUACUUCAGUGAGAAAUAUAUAGUCUCAGCAUUGUAAAAUACACUGAUUUUCCUUCAUAUUCA